GAGAGAGCGCAUUCAGUCAGUCAGCCAGUCAUUAAUGUGUUCGUUGGUGUGUUCGUGUCCUUGCUUAAAAAUUUACGGUUGACGGAGGUGACGGGCGCUCCCUCCUCCCCCUCCGUCCCCCCGUCCCUCCCCGGCCCCCUCCUCCCCCCGCGCCCUCUCCCUCCUGGACCUCCACCCCUCCAAGCACAAGUGCAGGAGAUGCUUCAAGUAACCAGGGAGUGUUCGUCUGGGGAUGCUGCAGCUGCCCAUCUCCUGACCCUUGGGAAGUUCUGCCUCUUCGCAACAGAACUACAACAAUGCUACAACAACGAGACACCACGGCCAGCCCUCCUCUCCAAACUCUCAGAGAAGACAUGUGGAGAGAAGAAGAGAAUUGAGAGGAACAUGUCAAAGUCCUCGCCGAACUGUGAGGUCUUCUUGGGGGGUUCCUGCAAUCCCACCACCUGGAGGCAGAAGGUGGCCAUCCCCAUGCUGAAGGACCACGGGAUAUCCUUCUAUAAUCCUCAAGUGACACACUGGGAGGAGGCCCUGGUGGAGCUCGAGUACCAGGCCAAGCAGAACGCGUCGGUGGUGUUCAUCGUGCUGGACCGCAACACCAGGAAUGUGGCGUCCAUGGUGGAGGCAGCGUACAUGGCCGGCUGCAGGAGGAAGCUGGUGGUGGUUAUGGACUCCUACACCGGCCCAGGGCAGCUAAUUAAUGGAGAGCCAAUUUCUGAGAGGGAGUACCAGGACCUGAUGAGUGGCUUCAACACAGUGAGGGACCUGGUGGAGAGGCAAGAGAUCCCGGUGUUUGGCGAGAUCACCCAUGCACUCAACUGUACUGCCAAGAUUCUCCGGGAAAACAUUUACCCUCAGGAUCUGGGAACUGAGGACCACGUCAAGCCAGUGAAGUGUCCGUAUCUACAGCUGGGAGACAAACUAAUAAAACUUCACGACGCAUUCAUCAACGGCAACUCAGAACAGAUUCCUUUGUCUGAGGCCCGUGUGGCGUACAAAAUGGUAACCAACAAGGAACUCACCACUGAGGAGCUGCAGGCCAUCGUUGCUGCCAAGAAAGGAGUGGACAUGCAGGAGUUGAAUGGCACUGAACUCCCACUCAAUGAAAUCUCCCUAUCAUUUGAUGAGUUCUGCUGCAUUGUGGCUGAGUUCAAGAACCCACACCUGGAGAGCAAGCGUCUGUGGGAUAUCCUGAGUCACUCCUUGCAGCGAGUUAUUGGUUGGGCACUCCCCCGGCGUCCCCUACGACCCAUUAGCGGCAGCAGCGGCAGCGGUGGCGGUGGCGGGGGUGGUGGUGGGGGCCGGGACAUCUACCUUGGGGGCACCACGGGGGGGAGGGUGACCUGGCGUGAGGACAUAGCCAUCCCAAUCCUCCUCAAACACAACCUCACCUAUUUCAACCCAACGUCCGCCUCCUGCUCAGGCCGGCUGCUGCCCAUGGAGGCCGUCUUGAUGGAGCACUCCCGGGUGUUGCUCUUCGUCAUCACCGACACCAGCAGAGGGGUGUCCGCCAUGGCCCUGGCGUCUCACUACAUAGGGCUGGGCUGCAAUGUUGUGCUGUGUGUGCAGAUGCUGACUGAGGACUCCCUGGUGGAUGGAGAACAGCUCUCCAGACAGGCUCUCAAGGACUACAAUCGCGGCAGGAGUUACCUCACAGACCAGGCUAGCAAGGACGGCAUUCCGGUCUUCUCCGACAUCCAGGAGGCUGUGGAGUGUGCAGUAAGCAAGGCCCAGGCGAGAUAGUGGCCACAGGAACCCAUGGCAGGGAGCAGAGAGGCCCGAGGAAGGGAGACUGUGGCCCCAGGAACACACAGGAGGUAGCAGAGAGGCAUCAAGUGUGUCAGCCCAGGGGAGGAAGCAGAGGAGUUAUGAGGCAGAGGGUCAGGAAUUUGAAGGAAGAAAAUAGGGAGAUAACAAGAAUUUCAACCCUAGAAGCUCUUAGAAGGAAGCAGAGAAGCACAAAAAAGUAAGGCAGUGGUUGUAUUAAUCUCUAUAAAGAAGCAGCAGUGUAACAAGUGGAGUAAUGUGGAUAAAAUUUGUAGAAGGAAGCUUAGAGAGAGAGAGAUAACAAGUGGAAUUUCAGCAUAGAAGGAAGAAGAGAAGCACAAAAAAGUAAGACAGUGGUUGUAAUAAUCUGUAGAAGGAAGCAAUACCAAAACAAGUGAAGCAAAGUGGAUAAACCUCAUAAAAAGAGCAGAGAGACUUAAACAAACAGAACACUGACCACAUUAACCCAUAAAAGGAAGGAAAAAAAUCAUCAAAAUCAAAGGAACCAUAGAGGCAUGAAAGAACGCCUACAUUUACCCAUAGAAGCAGAGAGGAACCCAAAAAACCCUGCAAGUUGUCCUAGGCUGCCUCUCACUAGCAUCCCUGCCUGACCCCACCCCUGCCUGCCUGCCUGCUCAAAUUAAACAAGGUACCAAGUUGCCUCUAUUGCAGCUUUUGUGUAUUAAUCUUUCUCGUUGACGACUAAGAGAGUUUCCAGUGUCAAGAAAGUGUUUAUUUAUUUCGCUUGUGGUGGUGGUGGAGUGAAUGAGGGACCGGAAGGGGUAAAGACAGGUGUAGUUUAAGUCCCCCUCUUAUAAUAAAGUUUUCCCUCAUACUCAUACCAUAGACACCUGAUUUCUCUCUCUCUAUAAGACAGUUGAACAAAAUGAGAGGGAGAAAGAGAGCAAGAGUGAGAAAAUAAGACAUCACACACACGUACACACUCACACGCACAUGCACACACAUACGUAAGAGCAGCCUGUCGGAAAAAAAAGGAGCAGCUGUUUUUUAUCUUGUUCAGGAAUGAAAGAAAACGAAUUUAAAGGCAGCGAAAAUUAAAAAAAGAAAUCAAGUGCAGUUAUUAAGGAGAGAAAAUGAGGAAAAAUAAACAAGAGGAAGUGAAUGGACCUCAGUUUUUGGCAUUUACUUUCUCAUAGGUAACCCUUGAAAAAUGUUAAGGAAAUGGGAGAUAUGUGGGAGAAAUGUACAAUGAAUGAGCUGAGGGAGACAGAGUGAACUUUUGUUGUUGUUUAUUUAGAUUGUAAAUAAUAAAAAAAGGGUCCAGUGAUGAGUAAGAAAACAGGGAAAAAUGGAAAUGUGUGUGGUUGUAAAAGGUUUGUGUUUGGCAUGGAAAGAAAAUGAUGAUGAGGAAGAGAGAGAAAAUGGGAUUAAGCUUUGAGUGAAGGGAGAAUAUGAUAGCGUUCAUCUUCAUCCACGUGUUUUGCUGGAAAGGAAUAAGGUGAAGAACAAGAAACAUCGGAAUGAAAAAGAAAUGCAAGAUGAGAAAGAAGAAAAAGAAGAGAAGAGAAAUGAAAAAAAAACAAGAGACGAGAGAAACAAAGUUGUGAAGCUAGGAAAGGCAAAGAUAGGAAACAACAGAGAUUGAUAACACUGGAAAGAAAUAAUGAAGGAAUAUGAAGCGACAAAAACAGAGAAGAUAGAAAGAUGAAGACUGCAUUGUCAAGUAACACAAACCGAUACAAAAGUAAAAGACCGAGAUAGAUGACAGAAAGAAACGGUGUGUGUUGAUUACCAGUGUUUAUGAAACCUUUAAGAUAUCAGGCAGGUGAUGGCCGACACUCUUUUUGUUUGAUGUUUUUUGUUCAAUGUUAUGGCUGGGCCCUUCUGAGGCAGCCAUAUAAGGGAUGAUAUCUCAGGUUUAUGGUUGAAUUAAUUAGUCUCUCACGGCAUGACUGAGGGGAAACCAAACUAUUAUUGUUGUUGUUAUUGUUGUUAUUAUCAUUAUUAUUAUUGAUUUUUUUUUUUUUUAGCAAUUUUUUUUAUUGUGUUGAUUUGUUUAUUAUUGAUUGCAUCUAAAUUGUCCUCCAUUUUUUAUUAAUUAUUUUUGUUUUGUUUAUUAUUGUAUGUAAGGGUGAAAAUUAAGUAGUGAUUUAGUUAUUUAUGAUUAUCAUUAUUAUACUCCAUUCUUUAAACAUAAUUUGCUAAAAACAUUAUUAUUAUUAUUAUUAUUAUUAUUAUUAUUAUUAUUAUUAUUAUUAUUAUUAUUAUUAUCACUGUUAUUAUUACUAUGACUAUUAUCACAAUCAUUAUGAAGCCUUCCCCUGUGCCAUGCCGUGCCGAGUCUGGCUAGGGCGAGUUUUAGUACAAUAUCUGGUGGCAGGAAAUCUCAUUGUGUUGGAUUGCAGCCGGUAGUAGGACGUAGUAGACUUAACUCUUAAACCUUUCUUCAGACAGACACACAGACCGACAAAGAUGAGAGGCGCGCGCACUUCUCACUUCUGUUUUAUUAUUUUUCCGCUUUUUUUAUUUACUUUUUUUUUUUCUCAUCAUUGUUCUCACUCUAGGUUGUAUGUAUGUAUGUAUGUGUGCGCGUCACUUUUCACAUUCCUGUUGUAAAAGUGUUGUUACAUUAAUAAUAUUGACCGUCUUUUACCGCUGUUUGUCCGCUAUUUGUAUCUUAAUAAGAGCUGGGAGGGUAUACAACAUACAUAAUACAUCUACUACUACUAUUAUUAUUAUUAUCAUUAUUAUUAUUAUUAUUAUCUUAUUUCAUUUACUACUACUAUACAUGGCAGCUUUGAUCAUUGUUAUUUUUAUUCCAUUCAUUUGGCUUAUAUUGUUUGUUUAUUUUUUUAUGCUCUCACAAUCAUGCAGACUCAAUGCUCCCAGCUGACUGAAGGUGGUGGUGGUUAAGAUGAUGGUCCAGGCGAGCAGUGGCAGGAAUACACUUUCAGUCCUUUAAUCUUCUCCCUUUCAACCCCGUAACCUCCCCACCCAUCUCUUUUUACAAUCUUCCAUCACUAGACAUUUAAUGUAACUCACUUUUGUACUGUUUACCUCACUAGUACAAGAGGUAACCAAUAUUCUCACAAAUUCACUCUUUUUCAUCUCUUUGGCUAACUCCGGGAAUAUAAGUCUACUUUAUGUUUUCUCCUUUAUAUCGCCUUAUUAUAAAGAGGAAAAAGACUUAUUAAUGGGCCUUCUUAAACAAGUCUACUCGUGUUAGAAGGCUAUAGUUAAAGUCACACUGGUUGAUAAGAGUAUUUACGGCUUUAAUGACACGUUAACAAGAUUUCUACAUUAACAACUGAAGAUAAAAAUUUAUUUGAAACCCGAAUAAUUUACCUGAUGUCUUUGAAAUAACCGUGGUGAAAAGCAAAGCCUUUUUUUAUUAUUACAAAUCUUAAGAAAAAUCGCGCGCUCUUUUUUUCCCGCCAGAUGUCUUUGUUGUCAUGCCUCGCCGCUGCCAUCACCACCAUCACCACCUCGCCUUGUAUCUGACGCCUCGGUAAAUGGAACGAGGGAAUAACUGUAACUUAAAUAAUCUCUUUUUCUUCUUCUUCUUCUUCUUCUUCUGUUCCUAUUUCGUAUUAACAUUAUUACUUUUCAUCGGUCUUGACUCGAUCUUUUCUUUGAGUACGAAAAGAUCAAGAUCGAAUUAUUUUCUUUCCUAUGCAACACAUCAAUGACAAAACAAUGAGCUAAUUUAUCUUUUUUUUUUAUCACGAUGUUUUGAUGCAGAAAGUAAUCAUUUGGGCAAAAGUUUGAAACGGUACACUGAGCAUUGUUAUUUCUAUUAGUUCCAUAUUGUAACCCUCACUUUUCAUCUAUGUAGCUCGAACACGUAAGGGAAAUGUAAUAGAAAUUUCUUUUUAUUUUUAUUUAUUUUUUUUCCUUAGUUGAUUUUGAAAUGCCUUGUUGCGAUUUAAGCUUGCAGACUGAGAAAAAAAAAUAUGUAUUAAGCAUUUAUGUAUUUAUAUAUCACUCAGUCUGAAGAAAGUAAAGAAAACUGUAGAUUUGAAAUAUAUAUCUUACCAUUCAGUAUAAGAAAAAUAAUUAAGAAAUAUCUAUAAAGAACGUACGUACCAUCCAUUCUAUAUAAAAAAAUGUAAACCAGUAAAACAAAAUCGAAUCAAAAUAAACUAAUAGAAAAAAUAAAAAAUACCACUUCAACAAGGACAAUAAAUGGAAUCAAUAAAAAUGUAUAAAAGAAAAUGCCAUCAAGUUGAAAAAUAAGGGAACGAAAGCAAAUUAAAACAGACUUAGCAAUAACAACAAUAACACUUUCCCAGCAUCAAUCCUCUCCAUUCUACGUUCUGGUGAGUCUCAAUAGAAUCCAACACCACUAAACAGUAUUGUAUUCCCUGUUGGUGUUAUAAGAGGUGGUGGUGACGUUUGUUGGUGUACUUUGUGUGUUUACUGUAGAGUGAAAGAUGGUGGGAUAAUAUAUUGGAAUAAUAUUUGAUGAAUUUGUUUUAUUGUGAUGAUUAAAGGGAAGUACUUUUAAUGACACUCGUAAAUUUAAAGUAAAGAAAUGUGGAUUGUAAUUUUUUUUUUUUUUAUUCGUUCAAAAAAAAUUGGGGGGAUAUUUGUAAAAGUGGAAGAAUAUAUUAUGAAAAAUGGAAGUGAAAAAAGAUGGUAAUAAGAAAAUGAAAAUAACUAAUCCCUUUUUCUUUUUAUCUUUUUUUUUUAAGAUGUAAAAAUCGCACUUCUCGUUUGUAUGUUUUUGGUUUAUUAUUUUCAUUUGCCUUUAUUUGUUUAUUUGUAUGUGUGCGUAUGUAUUACGUGUAUAAUAGGUCUUUGUCGUCUUCUUCUUCUUCUUCUUCUUCUUCUUCUUCUUCUUAGUCUCCUUACUGUACCGUCUAUUUGUUGCAUUCGUUUCUACACCUUAUUCUGUAUUGUAUAUACUAUUAUGAUAAUGUAUUAUAGAUUAUUUUUACAAGAACUCUAACUCACAGUCA